AUGAGCAUCCAAUCGGCCGUAGUGCAGCGAAAAUCCGGCAGCGGUUCCGGCAGCGGCCAUGCAUCGAUCUCACCACCAUCGCACCGUGCGCCUGGAACGAUGGCGCCCACACUAACCGCCCGCUCCGUCCCGUCCAGUGACCGGCCGGUGGGUCGUGGUGCGGCGGCGAUCGGUGGCAAAAUGUUCCCGACCCUCGACGUGACGGCGAAGCUGACGCUGCUGAUUAUGCUGCUAAUUGCCGUUAUUGACCAUAGUGAAGCCGGUACCUGUUGGUUGCGGCGGUACGAGUCGUCGGGAAAGUGCAGUCAGCUGUUCGCUCGUAAUGUGACGCGAGAGAGUUGCUGCGGGGCCGGCGCUAAUGGCGGGAAGGGCUUCAGCGAGCGGGACAUUCCGGAUGUUGGUCUGUUCUUCAUCAACGCGUUUAACGAUGGGAUGGAGUGCUCGUCAUGUUUAGAUACCUGCGACCGUGCAAAAUGUGGCCCAAAUAAACGUUGUGUGAUGCGCCGCAAUCGUCCCAAAUGCAUCUGUGCACCGACGUGCAGCGGUGGCAGCAACAAACGGCGCCCACAGUCAUCCAGACGCAACAACCGGCUGCAUCAGCUGCACCAGCCCCAGCAGCAACACGAGCAGCAGCCCCGCUUUCACCAGCAAAACAUUAAGGUGAUCAACCUGAGCGAAAGCCAGCGAAACCACCGACAGUAUUUCGCCGACACCGGGCGGCAACCGAGGCCGCGCCAGCUACGGUACACCGGCCCGGACACGGUCGACGGACGCGGCGGCAGGAGUGUAAAAAAGUCUAGCCUAAGUGAAAACCGAUCACCCGGUGGUAGCCAAAGAGCGAGCGCAAAACCCAGCGCCAAGGAUAACGCUAAGGAUAAGAAGCAUAAUUUAUUGGAAUCUGUGACAUUAGUGAGUAGUAGUCGGGGUGGCAGUAGUAGUAAUAGCAGUAAGCAUAGUAGAAGUAGUGGCACCAGCACGUCCAAAGGUCUCACCCACCAGCCCCGCAACUGUACUGCGGCGAGUUACGGUCCCGUACCGCCCGGCUGCACCCCAUCCGGGCGCGACUGGACCGGUGGCGAACGGAUCGUACUGCAGCAGAGCGGGUUAGCUUUAAAUUUCAAUCCCACCGGCGGCAAGGGUGCAGCGGCCAAGGGCCGAGGACGCGGUGCUGUAUCGACCUUUAUGCCACCCACCACAACGCGUCGCCACCAUCGGAAGGAUGCGCCGGUCCGGGGCAAUCAGACGAUGAACGAACAAACCCACCGAAAGUCGACCACCGUCGCACCGUUCAUCGCGUUCGGGAAGCCAAAGUUGCUGCGUGUUCCGCGGGUCGGUCGCAAGCAGAACGGCACGGCGGUACGGGUACCGCGCCGCGAGCCAAACUAUGUGGACGACGUCUUCUUCAUCGAGAACUAUCACCAGCAGCAGCGAAGAAAUCGAAAGCACCAGGGCCUGCCGAUGGCAGAUUACUGGGGCAAUGAAAUUAUGCAUCAAACAAACUUCUACAAUCCAGUCUGUGGUACAGACGGUAGAACGUACAAAACCGAAUGUCAGUUGAAAAAGCGGGCUUGCAGGCAGGAAAUUACCUCCUUGUUGGUUGCCUACAAAGGACAUUGCCAAACGUCCUGUAAGUUUGUCCAGUGUCCGGAUGGGAAGCGUUGCAUCGAGGACCAGAAUGCGACACCACACUGUGUAUCCUGCGGUGGAACGGAGUGCCGUGCAGAUCGAUCGCCCAAAUCAGUUGUAUGCGGCACGGAUGGGAUCACCUAUCCGAGCAUCUGCGAGCUGAAGCGUCAAGCAUGUCUCACUGGUCGUGCCAUUCCGGUUGCUUAUCGGGGCCGUUGCGUGGAAGCCGCCACAUGCGAGACGAUCAAGUGCAAGGAUCGGCAGCACUGUCUAACGGAUCUGAAAACGCAUAAACCGCGGUGUGUCAGCUGCAGCUACAAAUGUCCCCGGAUGAAACGCCAGCAGGGCUACGGAAAAGCGUACCGUGAUGCCAAAAACUAUGCAUUCAACGAUCACAUCAAACUAUGCGGUACCAACAAUCGAACAUAUCACUCCUGGUGCCACAUGCAGAAGGAUUCCUGCACGACGGGAUUUUACAUCGACGUCCAACACAGCGGCACAUGCGCUUUUGGCAGAUAAAAACCCACCCAAAACGAUCAGAAUUCAUGCAGCAUUGAUUCAUGCCAGAACUGUCGAAAAAAGAAAGGUUAAACCAGAACUGUUGUUCAUGUAUGAAGAAUACUGAAAAGUGUUACAAUAAAUCAGAGCAACAAAGAAAUGAGAGAAGGAGCGAAAUGGAAACAUUUUAGACAAGAUGUAAAGAUAUACUUAUCAAAGGUACAUAUUUAACUGUAAAUUAAAAAAAGAAACAAUCGCAAGUAGCAAAAGCACACAUUACCGAACUUUUUUUUUUAAUUUAAUUUAUGAAUCUAUCCGUCUCUUAUCGUUAAGUUAUUUAUUUGCAAAUCACAACCGAAUCGUAGCGUAAGUGCAUCUUAACAGUAAAGCACUACAAUUAGUUGGUUGUACAUACGGACAAAAAAAACCGGAGGACAGGAGCUGUAGUUUACACAUUUUAGCCAGCAGCUACAAAUAGAUCGGUGAACAGUAAGCGUAGAUAUAUUGAACAUAAUCCUGCCCUAUAUUUCCCCUUCCCAAACCCUUAUCUCAUCGCUUCAAAUGACCGAAGCACCCAACCGAAGAAGGUUAUGAUUUUAAUAGCUUUAGUAACUGUUGUUUUUUUUUCUCUUUCGAGCACUAUUUAUUGUACCUUAUAUGGUUGACUGCAUCUGAGCACAACCGUGCAAACGAACAGGCGAUGGGAAGUAGUGAAAACCACUGAUAGUCGAUCAGUCGAUAGAAUUUCCUAGGAAUCGAAACCAAAAACAAAGCAAAAAAAAAACAAAACAAGAAUAUUAUCAUCCAACAAACACGAUGUACUUUAAUUGCUAUCUAUUGCGAUAAAAUUAAUCAUCUUUUACAAGUUUUGAGCAAUUUAAAUUCAAACCAUUGAAACUGGCAAAUGGCCGUGGUUGUGUGUAUAGAAAAGAGUCAAAUCAAUAACAAAAAAAGGAAGAUGUUUCGCUCAUGAACACUUUAAUCGUAUUCUGAAAUAACAAAAUAACAAAAUGGUGCUCCGCAAACCGUUGUGCGAGCGAAUUCGUUGUAUACAGAAAACAAAAGACAAAUCAAUGCACCCCGUAGCCGUUCUAAUUCCUUGUGCCACCAAACAAACAAUCAUGGUUCCAUGCGGCAUCCGGGAGAAGACUUUUUGAAGUGUGAAUUUUGCCGGUUUCUUCAGGUGUAUCGGUUGAAAUGGAAUUUACUAGACAAUUUCUCGAUUUGUCAUAACGGGCGUACGAAAUUUCCACAGAUCGUAGCAGUAUUGGGCUGGUACUGGUAAACAAAAGUAUAAAAGUUUUUAAAAAUACAAUUAUAAACAAAAUAUAACAAAAAGGAAAAAAAAGUCCCCAAAAUAGUAGAACAAUUGCAUUGCAUGUAUGUUGGUGGUGUAGCGGGUUUAGACUAACCGAAUGAGCAACACGUGUAUUGACGGGAGAAGGCAAAAAAAAACUGCUCCCAUCAAACAUAAGUGAAAAAGAUUGUUCGAUUUUUUUUUGUAGCUAAAAGAUGCAAGUACGUGUACACAUAAAAGCGGUAUUAAAAUUUGACUGAUUUUUAGACAAAACAAAGCAAGAUUGAUGAAGCAACUCUUUACCCCCUAGUGCAUAAUCUUACCGAAGCAAACAAGGUACCACUACAAAACAUUAGGCGAAUGGUUCGUAUAUAUCUAAGUAGCGGCGAAUCUGUUUGUUGGGUAUUAGUGAAAGUACUUUUUACAGAAAAACUGCAACACAAUAUAUGGGACAUGUAUUACACAAUCACUGCAAAACCUUGUUGGUAGACAAAUUUAGUAAGCAGAUCAGUUAGUAAAACCCUUUUAAUGUUCAUCUCUUCCGUAGAAUAAUUCACGCACCCGUAAUAACCUACCCUCCUGUACCUAGCGUUCGGCCGGUUGCAUGCACAGUAUUUGAAACCAAAACGGAACGUUAAAGCAACACACACACAAAAUAUACGAAAUGAUCAAUAGCUUCAAUUAAAUGCCCGGCAAACCCGCACUGAUAUACACAAUGGUACAGUAAACUUCCAAAUAUAAUAAUGAAAAGGUCAAUUUUAAACUUCAAACCCAGUAGAAACAGCAACAACAAAAACAGGCAUGUCAAAACAACAAACAAUGAAAGUAGAAAACAUACCCCA